GUAUUAUUGACGCUCGACGAGACGCAGAAGCGCGUCACUCAUGUCCUAAUCUCUGCUUACUUUCGAUUCAUUGUAUUGCUGUUCCGUCAAUUGCUUUUCUGCCACUCUUAAAUACCGGGCCUAUGUUUUCGGACCAUAGCUCGUCGCAGCUCUGAACCUGUCGUCAUGCCCACCCAGCGACCGGAAACCGUUCCCGUCGACUUGAGGCAUCGCUGUCUUGAAGAAAACUCGCAUUCUUUCUUCUCGGCCAAUGGAGUCCGGCGACAGGUGACCCCGCCGGAGGAUGACGAGUGCGACAAGACACCGACGCCGAGACCCGCGGAGCCGAGCGUAGAUGGCCCAGCACGAGACAUACCAACACCUGUUAGUACGAGCGAUGACACAACCAGCGAGACGGAGCAAAGACUGUCCCAGAGUAUCUCGUCGUCUUCUGCGUCUCUGCACUUGAAUGAAGGCAACCUUACUGGCACGCUGAGCUCGCCGUGGCCCAAGACCCGCUUCGUUCCAAACUCGUCGUCCUCGAAUUUACAGCCGGGCUCUGUUUUUCGAGGAACGCAACAAUCCGAUCGUCAGGUAUAUGAGGUCGAGGUACAAUUGCAGCAUGUAGACAUGGCAGAAUCAUUUCUGUGUGGCUACCUCAAGAUACAGGGACUGACGGAUGAUCAUCCAACCUUGACAACCUACUUCGAAGGCGAGAUUAUCGGAUCAAAAUACACGUUUCAGACAAAACAUCCGGAAUGGGGCUCAACGGAUAAAGUAGACAUGCAACAUUGGGGUAGAUUUCCUGCCUGGCGGCCGCUGGCAAAGCAGGCAAAGACUCAGCAAGACUUUACGACAAAGAACUUUGCGCAGCGCGAAAACAUAUUUAUGCGCUGGAAGGAGCAUUUCCUCGUGCCAGACCAUCGCGUCAGGACCAUAUCGGGCGCGAGCUUUGAAGGAUUUUAUUACAUUUGUUUCAACCAGGUCACUGGCUGUAUCAGUGGAAUCUACUUCCAUGCGAAGAGCGAAAAAUAUCAGCAACUGGAGCUGAAACAUGUAGAAGACCACGGAUGCACGCCUGCUUUUGAGUUUCGAUGAUUUUACGAUUCACGACUUUGCAUUCGCUGUGUCUGCGUGGUGCCACAGUUUGUUCUUAAAUGUAUUCUCUUUCUCGAUAACGUCGGAACUUUGUUGUGCACACGUAGUUGCAGAGCUGUCGCAUAAACACUUUUUGACUUCUUCAGUGGUGUGUUCAUAAAGAUGGUGGUGCCCUCUAUAAGGGUCGGAACCGAGCGUUACUAUACUUUGGAUAAGGAUAACGCACGCGUCUUCCGCCUUGGCUCUUUGAUACAGUCAUUCCAGCUAAGCAAGAAUUCUCCCUAGCUUCAGCCCAGUCCCAAGAUAGCUCACGUUCGAAUUGCC